UUCUCCCUUUCUCUCAGGGUUUCUCCUCCCAGUAACAUCUCUCUCACUCGCUAAACCCUCUCUUUCUACCUCUCAAACUCUCCCGUCCUCUCUUUUCUUUGUAACGCAGCGAAAGUCACCAAACCUUGACGAAUCAACGCUCAAACCACCACCACAUCCCACCCUCUUGACCUCGCGAGUUCGAACCCGAGCUCCGUUUCGUAGGAAACAGAGACUAGAAGCUCUAGCUCGAAGCUCCGACGAGAAAGAAACUUCCCGACGAAGUUCCCGACACUUUUCCGACCACUCCACACCGUUUUGGAAGAGUUGGAAGCCACCACACAACUCCCUAACGUCCCUGGGUCAAGUUUGAGGCAAUCCCCAACUCGAAAACACACGGUUUCGAAGCUUUGGGUUUUUGGCCGAGACUUUCUGGCCAAUUUCAGUACAUUUACGUCUACUUUUUGGAGUUCCAAGAGUUUCCGUCGAUUUCAGGUUCCUUCCGUCCUGUUUUUGGCUAAAUCAUGGCGAGUUAGCCAUUGCUAUGGGUACCAAUCUGUUCAUCUCAUUCUGAGGUGUCCGCUAGUACACUUUGACUUCAGUUGGGGUCUGUCAAAGUUCAUGAAGCACCAUUACUAAUUCCAGACAUAUGAUUUGUUGCUGAACAAGACAUAAAUUUCAUAAUUUCACUUUUACUCUGGACAGUUGUAUCGUGUUGACUUACAAUACAGGCAUCAGAGCACUGAGCGCGGGACUUACAAAAGCCACCAACAAAGAGAAGCAUUCCAGCCGUAGUCCUUGAUUUCAGAAGGAAAUGGAAAUUAUAAUUGCAAUUGCCUCAAAAGUUGGAGAGUGCUUGGUCACACCAAUAGGAACAGAGUUUGGCUAUUUGAUUAAUUACCAUUCCAACCUGGAAAAUCUUAAGGGUGAGAUAAAAAAGCUUUUUGACAAGAAAGAUGGAGUGCAAGGAUUGGUAGAUGCUGCCCAAAGGAACAGUGAAAGUAUCAAACCUGAUGUUCAGAGUUGGCUAAAGAAUGUGAACAACAUGAUCCAGAAAGUGUUACAUUUUGAGGAUGAAAUUAACAAGAAAAGGCGAUGUAUGAAUCGAUGGAGCUUGAGUCGGAAAGCCUAUAAGAUUACACAACAUGUUCUUCAGCUCCAAAACGAAGGAACAUUUGAAAAUGUGGCCCAUCCUGCACCUCCACGAGGGAUAUGGUCAAAAUUCAAGAAAGGUUUCAAGGACUUUAAGUCCAGAACGGCAUACAUGAAUGAGGUGAUAGAGGGUUUGAAGAGGGAACAAGUACGAAUGAUCGGGAUUUGUGGAAUGGGGGGUGUGGGUAAAACGACAAUGGCGAAAGAAAUCAUCACAAGAUUGGCAAAACUGAACCUGUUUGAUAAUAUUGUAAUGGCAACUGUGUCUCAAAGUCCAAGUAUUAGCAAGAUCCAGUCGGAAAUUGCAGACCAAAUAGGUUUGGAAUUGAAGGAGGAAUCCGAGUCCGGAAGAGCAAUAAAGCUGCAUGGGAAACUCAUGGAAAUAAAGAUCCUGAUUGUAUUAGAUGAUGUCUGGACAUAGCUUGAUUUUGAGGCUAUAGGACUCCCUUCUGGAGAUGCUCACAAGGGGUGCAAAGUUUUGUUGACAUCACGAGAUUGGGAAGUCUGCAACAGGAUGGGAAGUCAACCAAUUAUUGAAGUCCCGACUUUAACAACAGAAGAAUCACAUGACCUCUUUAAAGAAAUGGUAGGUGAAUCCUUCGAUGAGCCUGAUUUACGUUCCAUUGCAAAAGAGGUCGUUUAUGAAUGUGGAGGUUUACCUAUAGUCAGAAUCACAGAGGAAAAUGAAGAAGAGGCGACAAAAUACAUGAUUUUGUUUCUAAAACUGAACACAUUUGAACUAGAAAACCUGCCUCGUCUCACAAGUCUUUGUCCAGAGGGAUUUACAUUUCUAUGGUCAUCCACAAAAAAUAUGUACGUACGAAAAUGUGGAUCAUUGAAGACAUUGGGUGCUGUAAUUCCACAAAGAAAGAAGUUGGAGAAUAACUUGAAGAAGGAUUCAACAAGUCAUGAUUUCAGCACUUCUCCAACACGUUCAUCAAAUUGGUGCCCUGCUGGAUGUGGAUGCGCACCAUAUUCAAGACCAAACGCCCACCGCCCCAUUGAAAUAUUGCCAUGUCCAAUUAACCUGGAGGUUACACCAACUAAUCUUGAGGACUCAAAUGAUGAUGAUAAUCUCGCAAAUCUUCGUGUCCAUGACUGUGCAUCAUUGGAAGUGAUUUUCCAACUAAAGGGGCCGAAGCAUGAAGAAAGUAGUCACUCCGUUGAAGCAUUCAAUAAAUUGAGGUCCUUGCGGUUAGAUAUUUUGCCAAGUUUAACGCGUGUUUGGGAGACGGGUAGUUCACAACCGAUGUUGACAGGAAGCAGCUUCGGAAACUUGAAAUCGCUGCGGGUCUUUGAUUGCGACCAGUUGAAAUACUUGUUUUCAUCGUCCAUUGUCAAACUUCUCGUGAGUAUGGAGGACAUAAAAGUUCAGAAGUGUGAGCAGAUGGAAGAAAUCGUUGCCGCAGAAGAAGAAACUGAUGAAACAAUUACAUUACCUAAAGUGAAGUCCAUCAAGCUUGAAAGUCUGCCAAAACUCAAGUAUUUUUGUGGUGAAGCUUAUACUUUGAAGUUGCCGUCUUUGGAGUUAUUGGAGGUUGAUGACGUGCAAAACUUAAGCCUAUUAGCUCCAAAGCUUAUUGCCACACAUCCCUGAUUGCAAGUAAACACCGCGUUGGGACUGGCUGAAUGGAAGGGGGACCUAAACGCCACUCUUACGGAAUAUUUACAUCACAAGUACGGAUGAAGAUAACGAAAUCGAUGGCAAGGAUGACGAUGACAAAAUCGACGGCAAGGAUGAAGAUGACGAAACCAACAGGGAGGACGAACACAGUUGAUUGAUCAAGCACAAAGGAAAAGAGUUUAAAGAACGUUGUGGCUCCAGCAAUUCGUUUACCAUAUCAUAUGCACAAACCAAUAAAAGGACAUUUGUUGCACCAGAAUUUCAUUCCAAAAAUACUAUUUAUGUUGCUUAUUUUAUGUACCAUAAAUUUCGAUUGCGAUUAUUACUGUUUGUUUCUAAAUUCGCAUCAUUAGUAUUUGCUUAUUUGUGCUCGAGGUUGAUUAUACACGUGUAAGCUGAAUCACAUGUUUGUAGAAUGGACAAGCUGAAUAAAAUCUGUUUGCCCCCUAAA